AUGACCGAGAUCACUGGUUUCAAGGACAAUGCCGACAUCAACAAAACGACCGAGCUGGUACUGGUAUGCUGUCACGCGACCUACAUGGCCGAUGGUUUCAACACCGCCGAAGACCAGUGGAUCUUACAGCCUUUUCAGCGAUCAGAUCCACUACGAAACAAGCCUGGCGAACAUGAGACCUUUAUCCAGCACAUCAUAAGCGCUGCGCUGGCCGUACACAAUGACCCGCGAGCGCUGCUGAUGUUCUCCGGAGGGAGAACUACCCAAGCACCACGAUCAGAAGCGGAGAGCUAUGCCACCAUCCUCCGACAUAUUGUCGAUAACAAUGCCGUCCUCUUCCCAGCCGGCGUUCGCUUUGGUCUGGAGCAGUUGGCCACAGACAGCUACCAGAACUUACUCUUCUCAGUCAUUCGCUUCCGGCAGCUGACUGGUGACUACCCCACGAACAUUACAGUGGUUACACACGCCUUCAAGGAACGACGUUUCUUAGAGCUCCAUGCUCCCGCGAUCAAGUGGCCGCAUCACAGGAUUCGAGUCCAAGGAGUCAAUCCUCCCUUUACGCUGGACGAGCUGAACUUCACGCAGCGUGGUGAGCAUGAACGUGCCUACAGGUUCUUCGCCGCCGAUCCUUAUGGUGUUCGGAUGCCACUGCUUCAAAAGCGCCUAGAGAGGAACUGGAAUACAGACAAGGCCCAUGUCUUCUUGGGCUGGAAGCUGGAACCACAGAUCAUCGGGCUCCUCGAAUGGCAGGGAGGUGUCAGUGGUUGCGAAACGUUCCCGAGGCGGCUGCCGUGGGAAGAUCAGACGACUGAUUGGAUGUAUCACCGUUGA